AUGGUGUCAGUUACAGCAGACCUCUUCAUUGGUAAAUUUGUAUCCAUUCUCGAAAGCGAAGCAGCCUCCAUAGCGGGUGUUCGUGAUCAAGUUAAUGAGAUUAAGCAUGAGUUGAUAAUCAUGAAAUCCUUCUUAGAGGAUGCUGCUGGCGACAAGAACGCAGAGACAGAAGUAAAGAAAGCGUGGGUCACAAGCGUUCGAGACUUGGCCAACGAUGUUGAAAACAUCAUUGAUGAAUUCGUGUAUCACUUGUACGAGCAGCAAAGGGGCGGGCGAUUUGCAAAGUGGAUCCGCAAAACCAUUCACUUUCCAAAGAACCUUUGGUAUAAGCGUCAAAUAGCCAACAAGAUACAGAGAAUUGCCGUUGCGAUUAGAGCAAUUCCAGAGAGAAAUCAGAGAUAUCGUGGUGGUGCAGCUAAAGAAGGAAAAAGUACUUCUGAGGAUAUUCGCAGCUGGGUGCAGAACCAAGCGGAGUCCUCUAUUUACCAUAAGGAGGAUGAACUUGUCGGGAUUGAAGGCGAUAAGAACAUGUUAAUGGGAUGGCUGAUGAACGAAGAGCAACACCAAACUGCUGUGUCCGUGGUCGGGAUGGGAGGAUCAGGGAAGACAACUCUAGUUGCAAGGGUUUUCACCAACGAGGUUGUAAAGAGACAUUUUGAGUGUUAUGCAUGGAUUACUAUUUCCCAAUCUUACGUGAUUGAAGACUUACUUAGAAGAUUAAUCAAAGACUUUCACAAAGCAAGGAAGGAAGAGGUCCCUGCAGACAUGAAUGCCAUGAGCUAUAACGAAUUGCUAGAGAUCUUGGUGAACUACUUGGAGACAAAAAGGUAUCUAGUUGUAUUAGACGACGUGUGGGAUGUUCAUCUUUGGGAGAAAAUAAGGUUUUCAUUUCCAGAUAAACAACUUGGAAGUCGAGUUAUGUUUACAACUCGAAGAGAAGACAUAGCAUCCUAUUCUUUUGGAGUUGAAAGCUAUGUUCACAAGAUUCAACCACUGGAAAAGAGUGAUGCUUGGGUGCUCUUCAGCAUGAAGGCAUUCUCAAGUUACCCUAACAAAUCUUGUUCACCUGAACUUUUGCCAUUAGCUCGGGCACUUGUGGAAAAGUGUGAAGGCCUACCCCUUGCAAUAGUAGCCUUAAGCGGUCUAAUGUCUUCUAAGAAGUCACUUACAGAGUGGAGCAACGUCUACAAUAGUUUAAAUUGGCAUCUAACAAACAAUUCCUUGCUAGAGCCUAUGAAAAGCAUAUUGUUGCUUAGUUUCAAUGAUUUGCCAUACCGAUUGAAGCAAUGCUUCCUAUAUUUUUCCCUUUUCCCCGAAGAUAUGGUGAUCUUCACCGAAAGGCUAAUUAGAUUGUGGAUCGCUGAAGGAUUUGUUGAACGUGUCAAAGGAGUAACACCGGAAGAAGUUGCAAAGAGCUAUCUCAUGGAACUCAUAUUUCGUAACAUGCUACAGGAAAUGUAUCACGGAUACCUUCCAGGAUGUAAGAUGCAUGAUCUUAUGCGGGAGAUUGCUCUGUCAAUAGCAGAAAAAGAAAGUUUUGUACCAUACAUGAUGGGAGUGAAACAAUGGAAGAAACUAGGGUGCUCCGUUUGUCAAUUCAAACAACUAAUGGAGAAAUUGGAUCACGCACAGACAUUUCGUUUUGACCUUACAUUGUUGAGGGUUCUAGAUUUGGAGGAUGCCCCAAUUGAUAAUAUGCCAGAACUAACGUACUUAUUCAAUUUAAAAUAUCUAAAUUUGAGAGGAACUCCAAUUAAGGAGCUUCCAGAAUCCAUAGCACAGCUCUGCAACCUUCAGACCUUGGACAUCUUUUUGACAAAUAUAGAGGCACUUCCAAGAAGGAUUUCGAAAUUGCUAAACUUGCGGCAUCUACUUAUGGGCCGUAUCAUUUUCACGGAUGGGUGCGGUAAGGUAACUGGGGUAAGAAUACCAUCAAGUAUUAGCAAGAUGAAUAAAUUGCAAACUUUGGGGAGUUUUGAAUCAGAAGGAAACAAUAUUAGACUAAUUGGAAGAAUGACCCAGCUUAGGAGCCUUUGCAUUUCAAAUGUGAAAGAAAGAGACGAAAAGGACCUAUGUGCCUCAAUUCAAGAGAUGAAGGUCCUUUCCCAGUUGUUUUUAUGGGUAGCAGAUGGAGAGGAAUUUAUUCGAGUUGACGCAUUGUCUUCACCGCCUCCCUACCUUGAAAGACUUGACUUGACAGGCAAACUGGAAAAGGUACCACAUUGGUUUUGUUCACUCCACUCUCUCACAAUUAUGUUUCUGUAUCAGUCUGGACUCGAAGAUGAUUUACUACCUCAAAUUGAAGCAUUGCCCGUUCUACAAUAUCUUUGCCUCGAUAAUGCCUCUGUUAGGAAAGAGUUAUGUUUCAGUAGAGGCUUUGUGCAGCUUAGGCAUUUGCAGUUGCGGAAUUUGUCAUUCUUAAAUAAGAUAACUAUAGAAAAAGAGGUGAUGCCAAAUCUCCAGUGCUUGGAGUUUGAUAGUUGCUUGAGAAUAGAGACAUUGCCAAAGGGUAUUGAGCACCUUACUAAACUACAAAGAUACACAUUUGAGAAUGUUUCAAAAAAAUUUACAGAGUCCAUACGAGAAGGAGGUGUGGAUCAUCCAAAGAUGCUGCUCCUCGAGGAGAGAUGUAGCAGAUAUACGUAA